AUGGCUUCUACCAACUCCAAUGCUGGUGGUGUUGAAGGCACCAACUCCCAUGCUGAACUGGAAGCUUGUGUGCAGAAGAUUGACCUGAACAACAUGGACGAGGAAAUGGCUGAAAAGGAACCUGCUGAAAACUCCCCUGCCAAGAACCUUCCAGCUGCUGAAGAUUCCAAGGAGCAGGAAGAGGAGUCCCAGGAGGAUGACAUUGAGUUGGAAGGGGAAGAGGACAUCCUGCAUGCUGAAAUUGCUAAGCUGCAGGAUCAUGCUGCUGAGCAGGAUACGCGCAUCCAGCAGCAGCAGUCACUCAUUACCAACCUCAACAAGGAGCUCUCUGACCAGGACAACAAAAUCAACGGUCGCACCAACCCUUCUCGCUCUGGUGGUGUAGUGGGUGACCCUGGUCCUUCUACGCAGCGUGCUGCUGAGCCGAGCACGCAGGCUUUUGGCUCUCUGCCAAUCACCCUACCGCCAUUCAUCCAUGGCAAGACGGACGUGGCUGCGUGGUUGUCGAUGAUGACCGACCUGUUCAAGGCGCACAAGGUCCAAGACGACGCUCGCGUCGUCGCUGCCACCACCGUGCUGGACCAGAAUGCACAGCGAGUGGUGUAUGGCAGCAAGAUCCAGGCUGAGGCGGAUAGGAAGCCGUUUGGGUGGGAGGAAUUCGCCUCUGCACUCAAGCAAGCUUUCCAGGUCCAGCCGACCCAGCUGGAGGUGCGCAGUCGCCUUGAGAAGCUGCAGUGCGGGAACCGCACAGUGCAGCAGUACGCCGUGGAGUUCGAGGAGAUUUGGGUGCUCCAGAAACCGGCGGAACGUAUGAGCGAAGGCGAAAAGAUCCAUCUGUUCUUCAGGGGGCUGCCUGAGCACCUCAAGAACAUGCAUAUGACGGAUGGGGCUGGGGAGGCAUGGAGGUCCUAUGAUCACGUGAAGCGCGUGGUGGGGACCACUGAUAAGCACUUCCGUGCUUAUGCCAAAACCACUACCCAGCCGCAGCAGGCCUCAAGGCCAUCUUAUAGCACUGCGGGCCCAAGUGGAAGGCAGCAGGGAACGCCUUGGAAGGGCGGGAACCACAAGAGGUCCUUCCAGCAGGGACAGCAGGCUGACCACAAGGCCAAGAAGGUCAACGAGGGUGGACCAAGAAAUGUCCAGAGCUGCUUCAAGUGCGGCAAGCCGGGACACAAGGGCUACGAGUGCCGCCACCGCAAGUCGGUGAAGUACUCUGGCAAGGCUAAGAUGGACAACAGGCGCAAUGACGGCAGUGGUCCCUCGGGCAGCCAGCGGGAUUUUGCAAAGCCCAACUAG